AUGGAAUUCAUCAACAAGAUUGGCAAUCACUCUGAGGCUCUGACCGCAUGGCUUGGUCUUUUGCCAACUGGCGACUAUGGAUCUAGUAUCUGUGGAGUGUUCAAGUUGAUUAUAGGGGCUACGGCAAACUACAGUAAGGUUGAGGAGGAUAUUUUCCAGGCGCUUUCGGAGAUACCAGAUGUGAUGGAAUCAACGAGACGAUACGUCGCAAUAUGGACGCAUCGUAACCAGCAUUUUGAGCGACUAGUCUUCAAUCUCUAUCGCGCCACACUAAAGUCAUUGCGCCAAAUCAUGCAGUUUUUCGCGGACAGCAGACUCAGCAAGGUCUUCGGUGCCGUUAUCAAACAAAAAGACUUCAAAAUGGAUCUUUCAAUGAGCUUGAGAGAAAUGCGGCAAUGUGCUGAGAACAUCGGAAAGGAGGGGCAACUCUACAACGCCGAGGAGACCCACGACACUUUUCUCAUGGGAGAGCGAACCGAGCUGGUGGUGAACAAAAUAUUGCAGUUCCUUGAAACACAUCCGCUGCUGCAGGUGAAUACUGCAGAGCUGCGCACCAUGAAGGCCGCCCUCGAGCCCAUUAGCCAGUACGAUCUAGCGAAUGUUCAUCGCACAUCUUCAGACGAUAGCUUGAGAAUCUUUGAGCUGCAGCAGCUAGCAGACGAGAAAGCCCAGAAAGACCGCCAGGAGAAGGCGGCCGCGGAUAGAGGGGCUUUGCUGCAACUUAUUCGAUUCGACCCAGGAGUUGUCCAGCAAGACAUCCUGAGAUGUGCCCAGUCUGGGUACAUCAUGAAUGAUGAACAGAAGUCGAGAGCUGCGGCGAUGAUUCGAAACGAAACGUUCAAGUCAUUUCUGCGAGAUGCACAUUCAUCAAGAAGCCUGCUCGUCAACGGCAAUGAAGACACUGCUCGCGCGGAUGGGAUCUCCCCCCUCAGUCUCGUUGCUGCCGAGUUGUCGCGGCUGUGUGAUAGUGCAGGCGCUGCGGACGCCCCGGUUUUUGUCCUGAACUACUUCUGCGCAGAGCAUUGUUCUAGUCCUCUGUUUCCGUCGUUGGAGACGUCGGCUGCUGGGUUGAUGGCUAGUCUGUUGCCGCCCGGGGGAAUGCUCCUGUGUAUUCUUGACGAGAUAUACUUGUAUGAGUCGAGAGAAAACGUGGAAUAUGUUGUGUGGUUUCUAGCCGGUCUCGCUGAAAAGCAAAGAUACAGUAGGGCGGCUUUCAAGCUGCUGGUAACAUGCAGAAUCCGAGCUAUGGGGUUUGCGAAAUAUUUUGUCCAGAACACGGUGGAUUUGGACGAUGAUGUUGAAGUAGACGAUGCGGCCGACUGGGAGAUGCAAAGAAUGACAGUUUAA